GUGUGAAAUACAACGCCUUGAUGUUCACGCGGAAGGCAGACUUGUCUUUCAAAGGAGAGGACAGGCUGGGAGAAGAGGCUGUUCUGUCUGAUUUUGAUGAAUAAUGGCUUCAGUGCGAGUAGCGGUCCGCGUCCGUCCAUUGAACGAAAGAGAAAAGCAGUCAUCAUCGAAAGUGAUAAUCCACGUGAAGGGGAACACUAUUUCUAUUCAUAAGCCAUCACCUGUUCGAGGGGAGGGGCUGAAAGACAGAGGGAAGACCUUUUCUUAUGACUUCUCAUAUGAUUCAACUGACAGAGGAAGCCCCGCAUUUGCAUCUCAGGAGGAGAUUUUUCAUGACUUGGGGUCUGAUGUCCUGAAAGCUGCGUUUGAGGGUUUCAAUGCCUGUGUGUUUGCCUAUGGCCAAACAGGCUCGGGAAAAUCCCACACUAUGAUGGGUCAUACAGAAGAUAAAGGUUUGAUCCCACGUAUCUGUGAAGGCUUGUUCUACGAGAUUUCUCAUAGGAGCAAGAUGGGUGAUGCCGUGUCAUUUUGUACGGAGGUCAGCUAUUUGGAGAUCUACAAUGAACGUGUGCAGGACCUUCUCAAGAAGAGACCUACACCCACAGAUGGUGGAGGCUUGAGAGUGAGAGAGCACCACAGGGAUGGGCCCUAUGUAGAAAAUCUGUCCAAGCACUUGGCACACAGCCACGGGGACCUAGAGGACCUGAUCAGUCUCGGCAAUGCCAACCGCACCACGGCCAGCACAACCAUGAAUGACGUCAGCAGCCGCUCCCAUGCCAUCUUCACUAUCUACUUCACCCAGGCGUGGUUCGAUGCAGAGUUGCCACGUGAGACCCUGAGUAAGAUCCACCUGGUAGACCUGGCAGGCAGUGAGAGGGCUGAUGCCACACACACCACAGGCACCAGGUUGAAAGAAGGUGCCAACAUCAACAAGUCCCUGGUCACAUUGGGCAGUGUGAUCUCAGCACUGGCAGACCUUAGCGUGGGACGACUGUCAACAAAAAAGAAGCAGAUCUUUAUUCCUUACAGAGACUCUGUGCUGACAUGGCUACUAAAAGACAGCCUGGGUGGAAACUCCAUGACUACAAUGAUAGCAACCGUUUCUCCUGCUGAUGUGAACUACGGGGAAACCCUGAGCACUUUGCGCUAUGCCAGCAGAGCUAAAAACAUAGUGAACUCCCCCACAGUGAACGAAGACGACAGUGUGACGGUGAUCAGAGAGCUGCAGGCAGAGGUUGCCAGGCUCCAAGGUCUACUAGAAGAAGCCAAUCAGGUUUCCCGUAGGGAGCUGUCUUCCUCUGUGAAGGUAGAAGAAGAGCUGCAUCAGAAUGAGGCAAAGGUUCUAUCACUGAUGAAGGAGUGGACUGGCAAAUGGGGUGAGACGCAGAGUAUUCUGCAGGAGGAGACUGUGGCUCUGAGGAAGGAGGGGAGUGGAGUGGUCCUGGACUGCCAGUUACCUCACCUGAUAGGAAUUGAUGAAGACCUGCUCAGCGCUGGAGUCAUCCUGUAUUAUUUAAGAGAGGGCAGAACCCUGAUUGGGAGUAACAAAACAUCAUGCAGUCAAGAUAUUGUGCUUCAUGGGCCUGGGCUCCUUGGAGAACAUUGUGUGCUUGAGAACCGUGCUGGGACUGUGACUCUGAUCCCUCAGGAUGGUGCACUGUGUUUAGUCAAUGGCUCUGUGGUAACUGAUGCCUGUCAGCUGACUCGGGGUGCCAUCACGCAGCUAGGAAGUGGAACCAUACUCUGGUUUAACCAUCCGAUUGAAGCUGUACAGCUCAGAGAGAAACGCCAGAGCGGGCUGCUGUCUGCCUUCCGCCUGUCCUUGACUGACAUGUCCAGAUCUACUGUGAAUAUGUCCAAGGUGAUGCUGCAAAAUCCAGGGAUGAUAAAGAAGCUCAACCAGCAGGAGGUGGACUGGCAGCAGGUUCAAGAAAGCCUGAACAGACGCAACCGAGACAUCAAAAGACUUUCAAAGGAAAACAGCGGGGCUUUGCAUCAACAGAGAGCAGGAGAGAAGACAAAGGGGGCAGAGAUGGAAGAGACUGGCUAUGGCCAGAUGGAUGUACUGGCAACAGAAAUGUCCAAAGUGCCAAGCAGCUGUCUUACCUCUGCCACCAUAGAGAAGCUCAUGAUCACAGCCAUACCUGGAAAAUAUCCUGUCCCUCACACUAGUUUUGAGUCGGAUGGAGACGCACUACAGGGUGGGGUAAGCACCAGGGAUGGCCAGAAGCAGGAGAGCGACUUGUGUCAUAAAUCAGUGAGAGGGCUCAUGUCUGAGUGGCCGGGGAGGAAAGCUCAGAGUGGAGAUGGUGUUGCAAGUUAUAAGGGAGAGGAGGUUUGGUCAGGGGAUGCCAGCCUCCAGCAGACAAGUGUCCUGGGCCCAGGUGAUGGAUGUGGCAUGAAGCCAGAGGGUAAUGCUAACGAGAUCCAAGGUGUCUACAAGGGGAGACCUGGCUCUGGUGGGAGCUCAUUAGGCAGCAUGUCCCACCUGCAGAGCAGCAGAGAAACGAGCUCCACGUCUGUCCUCCCACAGACCCAGCUCAACAAAAAGCCUCUCAGCAGUCAGGCAGCCUGCUGUCCACCCGAGGAAACCUCCUUCGAGGGCCAGUUUGGCCGUGUAGAGAUGGAUGAAUCGGCAGGUUUGGAGAUCUCGGGAGUGUGUCUGGCAGAGCCUGCAGCAGCCACAGUUCAAAGCUCCUCACUGGGCUCUUUGGUCAGCAGAGUUUCUUGGAUUGUCCAGGAUGCAGGGCGUCUCCUUUGGAGAUCUCGCACAGUAUUACAGCAAGUCAGGGAAGAGGGACUACAGCCUGUUGGUGCCCGCUGGUCCAGUCAUGUUUGCUCUCUGGUCAGGGAACGUAAUGUUCUGUCUGUAGUAACGAACAGCCAGGUCUUCUCCAUGGUUAAAGGGAGCUUUGUCUUCUCCCUGGUCAAAGAUAGUCACAUUUUUUCCAUGGUGAAAGAACUACCGCUCCUCCAGCACAUCCAGAUGGAGAUAACUCAAAAGCUUCAACCUGAGGAGACAGCCCAGAUGAUUCAGGGCUGCAUUAAUUCUGACACAGAACGACUCCCAGUCCUGACACCAACACAAACCUUUAGCAAGGUAAAAGAAUUGCCAGAUGUGCCACCAAUCCCAAAAGAAAUCUGGACAAGGAAUACGAGUAUUGGGGAUUUGCGGUUACCACAAAACAUUACUGAUACAAAAGUAAAACAAGGAGACAAAGUGAUUACAGAGCUGUUGCCAGUGAAAUGCAUCAGUGAGUCAGAGGUUAACUAUUGCCCUAAAGAGAAAGAUCAGGCCUUGGAAAACUCAAAGACUGUACAGAACAAAGAGAGAAAUGUCCAAAAAUUCUGUCAGAUGUUGAUAGAAUUUCCUGAUUCCCUUUUGAACCUGCAAACUCUGUCUGUGCAAGAACUGAUUAACACAUUACAGUCUUUCAUCUCCUCAUCGGUCUUCAUCUCCCAGAAGAUAGUAGCUCUUUAUUGGCUGAAUGUUGCUAAAUGCAGCCAACCUGAGCCCCGUCCUGCCCUCCUGAUCCUAGUAGAGACUGACCUCUAUACCCUGACCACUGAUUCCGGGCUCCUGGUUUUGUUCCAUCACCUCCCUUUGUUCCAGCUGAAGGAGGUGCAGAUAGGCCUAGCAGGCCACAGUCUGCGUUUGAUGGGCACUACAGAGGACAGCAUUCUGGGUGUCUAUACCCACAGCCAGAAGCUUGCAAAAGAGCUGUACCGGGCCGUAUUUGGUGUCAUCUGCCCUGGGGACGACAGAGUCUCUCUGCACCCUCUGCUCCAUGGAGACUUGAUGAAGAUGUCUUUCAAGUGGCAUCCCUAUGUACCUGAUCUGCUGCUGGAUUCUGGUUUAAGGGUUUGCUGCCAGUUUCAGAAGAGUCUUGCUGAUCUGGUUUACGUUCUUCAUUGUAACAUGGAUCAAGAAACAGUCGCUCUGGGAGAGGUGCGUCUACUACUGUACACAGGUGUAGGGGUGUGCAUCAGCCCCGGUACCCGCACCAAGCCUCUGGCCCAGCUUUUACUUACGGAUACCCACCUUGGCCUGGUGCAGGAGGAUGCUGUCUUUCACCCGACUCUACACUCUGUCACCAGAGCGCCCCGCCGUCCCCAAUUCUAUGACUUAACUCUUCGUCCGCGCUCAGAUGUGCGCUGCGUGCUGAUGCAUGAUGAAGACGAGCAUGGGGCUGUCACACUGGAUGUAAUCUUGGCAAAUGCGAGGGGCAGGGGUCACCCUGAAAGCGUGACCAAGGCAGCUAGCCUGCCUGCACAUGCUUCAAAUUCAUCUCCGCAUGCAGAAGUGUGGAAAUUAACUUUCAGUUGCUCCUCUGAGGCUGCCUGCCUGAUUAAUCACUUGUCAAACGUCUGAUCAAGGAUUGAACAGCCAGUAAUGAACAGCCCAGCUUGAAAUCUCUCUCACAGGGAUCAAUGGCAAAAGUGCAUCCCUGCCAGACCAUGCAAAGGACACCUUCACUGUUAAUGACCUAUUUUGAAGUUUCUGUAUUGAUUUAGUUUUUCUAGUUGUCAUUUUAAUAUUGUGUGGGUUUAGCACUUGAAUAUCUGAUCUUCAAAAUGCUUGAAUUUCUUUGAUCUUGCUUUAUUCUUUAACCACUACUCCUUAUUUUUGUCAGAGCCUGUUUAAUGUGGGAAAAACAUUUUCCAAUGUCACUUGUUUCAUGUAAUAUUUUAAAGAUUUUAGAUUACUAAUCUGACCAAAGUACUGUCAUGGUUACUUAACACUUAGUUGUAUAUGUAUAAGUUGUCAGUUUCAAAUAUUUUAUAUAAAAAUGGAUGCAUUGAAAUAUGUGAUAAAUUUGUUAAAAUAAAAGGAAGUAAAUCCA